AUGGAUUCCACUCUGAUUAUACAUUGGGUAUUUACCUGGCUGACAAUUGGCUUGAUCCUUUUGCGGCUUCUUAUGCGGAAGCUGAAAGGAUUGCGGUUUGUCCUGGGCGAUUAUUUCUCAAUGGGAGCGAUCCUAUGUGUGCUCGCCCGCCUCGCCUUGGUCCAUGUUAUUCUCAUAUGGGGGACCAACAAUAUGACUCCCACUUUUCGACAAACACACCACUUCACUCUAGAGGAGAUCCGUCGCAGAGAGAUCGCGAGCAAGUUUGUACUCGUCAAUCGCGUUUUCUACAAUUCAUAUCUGUGGCUUCAAAAAUUUGUUCUUUUAGAUACGUAUAGAAGAUUGCUUACCCAGCUAAGUUGGGAGAAGAUCACGAUGAUCUCCUACGUUGGGGUAUUGGCAGCGACAUAUCUCACGGUCCAGAUCGUGACCUUUACUGAGUGCGAUCCUUUCUCUAACUACUGGCUCGUUUACCCUGGAGACCCAGGAGUAUGUUGCCAAGCACAGCUCCAAUUGAUCGUCCUCGGCGUGUUAAACAUCAUCACCGAUCUCAUGCUGAUCGCGUUGCCGAUUCCGAUUCUAGUUAUGGUCAAGCGAUCCACCAUCGAAAAACUCCAAUUAGCUGUUCUCUUCGGGGUCGGCCUAUUCAUAUUAGCAGAACAACUUGGGCGUCGAUUGAGUUACUCGCUGCAGCCGUCGUUGCCAAUGCCCCAUGUCCUGUACGGACUACUGAAAGGACACAGACAGCGCUCUAAAUACGCGGCGUCAGGGGCUGGAUCGGCUGGACCAUCGUGGCAGGGACUACAACAAAGAUCGGCAACAAAGGAGCCGGAUUUCGAACUUCAAGGGAUCACUCAUAGUAAGCGAGGGUCUUCUCUUGGUUCAAAACUAUCUUCUAGGAAUUAUGUGGAUAUCGAUGGUCAGAGCAGCCAGUCGUUGACACGAAGCCUAGAGAAGUGA